UCUUUAUCGUCAAAACAUCGAUUUUAAGGCAACACUAGUUGCUGAUAUUCUUUACUAUUACUAGUGUCAAAUUUUGUCCUAGUGCAACGUCAAUCUCUUUCGACUCGGCCAUUUUUGUUGCGAUAGUCGUCAGACAUGUCGCAUAGGAAAUUCUCAGCACCUCGCCAUGGGUCCAUGGGAUUCUAUCCCAAGAAGAGAUCCCGUCGCCAUCGUGGUAAGGUGAAGGCUUUCCCUAAAGAUGACUCCAGCAAACCUGUGCAUCUUACUGCUUUCAUCGGCUACAAAGCUGGUAUGACCCACGUGGUCCGUGAACCUGACCGUCCUGGUUCAAAGAUCAACAAGAAGGAAAUCGUAGAAGCUGUAACCAUCAUUGAAACUCCUCCCAUGGUCUGUGUUGGAGUCGUUGGUUACAUUGAGACACCACACGGUCUACGCGCUCUGUUGACUGUAUGGGCUGAACACAUGUCGGAAGAUUGCCGCCGUCGCUUCUACAAGAACUGGUAUAAGUGCAAGAAGAAGGCUUUCACAAAGUCAAGCAAGAAAUGGCAGGAUGAACUUGGACGCAAGUCCAUUGAAAAGGAUUUCAAAAAGAUGAUUCGUUACUGCAGUGUUGUCAGAAUUAUUGCACACACUCAAAUGAAACUUCUUAAGCAGAGACAAAAGAAAGCCCAUAUCAUGGAAAUCCAAGUUAAUGGUGGAACCAUUGAGGACAAAGUAAAAUGGGCUAGGGAACACCUUGAGAAGCCUAUUCCUAUCGACUCUGUCUUCACUCAGGAUGAGAUGAUUGACUGUAUCGGUGUCACCAAGGGUAAAGGAUACAAAGGUGUAACCUCACGUUGGCAUACUAAGAAGCUCCCUCGUAAGACGCACAAGGGUUUGCGUAAAGUUGCCUGUAUUGGAGCAUGGCAUCCUUCAAGAGUUUCGUUCACUGUUGCCCGUGCUGGUCAGAAGGGCUACCAUCAUCGUACUGAAAUGAACAAAAAGAUUUACAGAAUUGGACAAGGAAUCCACACCAAGGAUGGCAAAGUUAUUAAGAACAAUGCUUCUACUGAAUACGACUUGUCUGAGAAAUCUAUCACUCCAAUGGGUGGUUUCCCUCAUUAUGGUGAAGUCAACAACGAUUUCGUCAUGAUUAAGGGUUGUUGUAUGGGACCUAAAAAGCGUGUCAUCACUUUAAGAAAAUCCCUGCGUGUCCACACAAAGAGAGCAGCACUUGAAAAGAUUAACCUCAAGUUCAUUGACACUUCAUCCAAAUUCGGUCAUGGACGCUUCCAGACACCAGCUGACAAGGCUGCAUUCAUGGGUACUCUUAAAAAGGACCGCAUUCGUGAAGAGGCUGCUGCCACCGCUGCUCCAGCUGCAGCACAGUCUUAAGUGUUAUUGACACAAUAAACUGAUUAAAAUA